GCCAAACUGCCAAUCUGAAUUGUGACGUCAUGCGUUACAAUUCCGAAUAUUUUGUAUAGUUGUAAAAUGGAGUGUUAGUUUUGUUUAUUAAAGUACAAUCAAACUCUAGACGUUUAAGUGUUAGAAAUUAACAAUUUUAGUACCUACAAAACGAUUAGUAAUCGAUUAAAAGCACUCAAAACUUGCCAACGCACAUAACCCUAAAAUUAUCGCAAAAUGUCAACACUAAAAACAGUUUGGAAUUGCAUGUUCGGACCAAGAUUAGUAAAAAUAUACGGAAACGGCCCCGUUGAGAAGCUUUAUCAACCACACAGUUUUGAAAAAUGGGGCGAUCAAGUAAUACAUUCCUUGUAUGUUAUUUGGAAAAUUGGUGUUUAUACGUCACCAUUCUUGGUGGGAAUUCUCUAUCAAAAAGGCUACUUUACCAUAGAUGGACUGGGACCGUUCACAAAAUUAGUGACUAGUAUAAGCGUUAUUCUGGUGGUUUCAUACUGGUGCAAAGGUUUAGGUAGGCUUAAUAACUCAACAUAUGUGAGGUUUUUGAACACGCUAGAGACGGCAAAAAAAGAUAUGACACCUGAAAUUAAGCAGCAGCUUUCUAUAUAUGAUUUUGAGUUUCAUAGUUGGCCGGUAGAAUUUGAUAUGAGCACUUACAAACGGGACUCUACUAAAAGUAAUAAGACAGUCUUAAGCAAGCCAAGCCUCCACCAGAAUGUUAUACAGUAUGUCAGUAGUAUACCACUUAGAAUUAUUGCAUAUGUUGCAAUUCACACUUUCGGUAUUAGAUUAAUAUAUCCAGGUUCAAUUGGAAUUCUCCAGAUGAUACUUGAACAAAGCCUCUUGCAAGGUAGAUCUAGACUUAUCGAACGCAACUCUGGCGAACGUUUCAAAAUAAGAACAGCUGACAAAAAUGACAUAGACACGAUGUUUAUAGAUAGACGUAAUUCUACACCAAAUGGAAAUAUUUUAGUUAUUUGUUCUGAGGGUAACGCUGGAUUUUAUGAAAUUGGUAUUAUGAUAACUGCCAUAGAAGCAGGUUAUUCUACUCUUGGUUGGAAUCAUCCAGGUUUUGCGGGUAGUACAGGAAAACCUUUCCCACCACAGGAACAAAAUGCCGUAGAUGCCAUCGUACAAUUUGCAAUCAAUCGGCUAGGUUUUAAAUUAGAAAAUAUUUUGCUGUUUGGAUGGAGUAUUGGAGGAUAUGUUACAUCAUGGGCGGCCAUGAAUUAUCCUGAUGUUAAGGGAGUGGUCAUUGAUGCGACGUUUGAUGAUCUUUUACCAUUGGCUAUAAACCAUAUGCCACAGUGGUGGGAACCUAUUGUUCGGUUGGCAAUCAGAGAACACGUUAAUUUAAAUAUCUUUGAACAACUCGCCAAAUAUCCUGGACCAAUUCAAUUCAUUAGAAGAACAGAAGAUGAAGUGAUUUGUCUGAGGGAAAAUGAUCUCUGCUCCAACCGCGGAAACAAUUUACUAAUUAAACUGUUACGUACAAGGUAUCCGUACAUUUUUGAAGAAAGACAAGUUGAAUUGUUAAACCAAUAUUUAUCUGUCACAUCUGCAGCACAAGACUUGUUUCUGCAAAAGUACAGUGUCAAUGAAAACAUGUGCAACUCUCUUCUGCAGACCUACGUUUCUGAGUAUUCUAAAUCUUAUCCGAUGAAAAUAGGAGAAGAAUUCCAAGAUCAUGACAAAAACCAAAUGACUUUAUUUUUGGCUAGAAAAUACAUGAAAGAUUUUAAGGCAACCCACUGUACAAACUUACCUGCUGAGAUGUUCCAACCUCCGUGGGAUGUUCAUGUAGAAUCUGACUUUGUAUUCACUUAAACGCUUUAUAGGUAACAGUCUUAUGGAUUUGGUGAUACUAGGAGGUUUUAUCUAUCUCUUGAUAUGUAUAAGAUUUUAUGGAGAAUAUUUUGGUGUAAUAUAAAAUAAAUCCAAUUGUGAAGAUGAUGUAGGUGCUAUCCAUUGUUAGUGGUUAUUAUUUUUGUAUGUGUAUUAAUAAGUUAUGUUGUCACCUUGA